ACAGCUGCACUUUGGGCAGAGUUUUAAAAUAAAAAGUCUGGUUUCAGUUUCAGGCUAAAGCAUUAUGGCUCAGUAUGAUUGCAGAGAAGAGAACAGCUACUCUUUGAGCGGUGAUGCCAUCCCUCAUCUACACUCCUACUUUGGAAAUGGUCAUCUAGUAAAUAAUUUGAUGUCACAAAUGCCAACCAUGACGACAAGUGAGUUUCCUACUCUGGAGAGCAACAGUGCACAGGAUAGCGGGGGCCUUGAUGAGAGCAGUCACUCCAUCAACCAGCCUGAGGAUGGCAGGUCUCCCAUAGACAUAUCUUCUGCCAUCAGGUCGGUGGCAUUAAAGAGCACAUGGGAUUUGAGAAGCAUGCAUUCAAUUCCCAAGUUGUUCUCAGUCCCUAGACUUGAAGAAGACAACUCACCUUCGUCCUCUUUAAAUGAUCAAAAUAAAAGUUCUGAUGGGGAGGUGGAUUCAGUUGAGGAGGAAGUGCCGAGUGUGUCAUUCCAGUCAAAGUACAUCCACAUUUUUCCACUGUAUCAGGACUACUGUCUUCAGGCAGUGAAAGAUGAUCUGCAAAGACUCAGCAGGAGUUUUGUGUCUGAACUGAUAACACCCCAGUAUCUGCGGGGCCUGCAGUCCCGUCUUAUCUCUCAUUGCCAUUCUGAGACCACAUCCCAUCAGUUACACCCUCCAGAAGAGACUCCAUCUCCAUCUUCAUCUUCAUCUCCACCUCACCCUAUUAGGGUGAUUCCAUGUACCCUUUGGCAAGAUAUAGAUGAGGUGAAAGCGUCUGGCCUGCUCAACAGCUUGACCACCAGAGAGAUUCGCCUUCAGGAGGCAAUGUUUGAGCUGAUCGGUUCCGAGGCGUCUUACUUGAGGAGCCUCGGAGUUGCUGUCAAUCAUUUCCAUGCAUCAAAGGCACUGAAGCAGACCCUGUCUCAAAUGGAGCAUCACAUUUUGUUUUCCAACAUUCGCCAUGUCAUGGCAGCCAGUGAAAAGUUUCUCAUGGAUCUGGAAAUGCGACUGGGAGAGAGUUUGUUAAUAUCUCAGGUUGGAGACAUCGUGCUCUGGCACUGCCCAGAGUUUCACACUCUUUAUGUGCCAUAUGUGACUAACAUGAUGUACCAGGAGGCUCUUGUCAACCAGCUGCUGCAGCAGAACAAAGACUUUGUGUAUUCACUCAAGAAGCUUGAGAGUGACCCAGUGUGUCAAAGACAAAGCCUCAAGUCGUUCCUUGUCCUCCCCUUCCAGAGAAUUACUCGUGUUAAACUUCUGCUGGAGAACAUCUUGAAACUGACUGACCCAGACUCUGUGUCAAUUUCAAACCUUGAAAAAGCAAUAGAAGCCAUUCAUGAGAUCGUGGUGGAGUGUGACAAAGGGGUUCGGAAAAUGAAACAAAUUGAGGAGCUGGUGUGCCUGGAAAUGCUGCUGGAUUUUGGCAAAGUUAAGUCAGUUCCUCUGGUCGUUAGCGGGCGUUAUCUGGUGCAUCAGGGUCCGAUGAGACAGCUGACUGUGGAGGGCACUUACAACUCCAGAACAUCAUUCAUCAGUGUCUACCUCCACCUCUUCAAUGAUCUUCUGAUGAUCUCCUUGAAAAAGGAUCAGCAGUUCAUAGUUAUGGAUCACACUGAAUUCCCGACAUAUGUACGCACUGAGCACCUGAAGACUGAAGUCCUGGGUUUACCUCCAGACUCCUUCCUGCUACAUCUCUCCCAGAGUCAAACUGGACAUCCCACUGCCAUGAUACUUGUUACAUACACAAGGUCAGAUAAAGAGACAUGGAUGAAGGUGCUGUCGAGUAAACGGUGAUGGGAACAUGACAAUUUUAAUUUUAUACAUCAAACUUGGGUCAUUUUAACUUGCACAUGAAAGAUAUCUAUUUUGCUGAUUGACACUUUACUGUUGACGUGACUGCACUUAAUGUUCUUAAUUAUACUCUACACCAUUUUGACACAACACAAAGCAUUCAAACGCACACUGAACUCAUCACAAUUAUCAGACACAGCACGUUAGGGGAUAUGUUUUAUUACUGGGAAUGCAUUUGUUUUUUUCUUACUUAAAUACUGGCCUCUUUUAAGCAUUGUGCAAAUUUUUAAUUAAUGAAAAAUAAAAGAUCAAAACAG